AUGGAACUCUCUCUUUCUUGCUGGAAUUUUGGGGCUUCUCCUGUUAGUGUUGUUGGGGAUGGUUAUUGCUACCCUUAUCCUAUGGAGUUGUUUGUCAAGAAGAAGAUUAAAAAACUAUGUUAUGCACAAUUUGAAGUUUUUGAUCAAAGUGGAAAUCUCCUCCUUCAAAUAGAUGGUGGUGUCUGGAACUUGAAGAUGAAAAGAAUUAUGAGAGAUCCUUCAGGUUUUCCUAUUCUCACACUGAGAGGAAAGAUAAUUACACUUUGGCAUAAAUGGAAGGCUUAUGAAGGUGAUACUACAGAUGAAGAUAACAUUGUGUUCAGUGUACAACAAUCCCAUCCUUUCCAGAUUAAAAAAGAGCUUCAUGUUUUCUUGGAAAAUUGCAAGAAAAAAGUCCCUGAUUUUCUUGUUAUUGGAUCUUACACUUCUUUGUCCUUCAAAGUUUUCAAAGGCCAUAGGCUUCUUGCAGAGGUAAAACAUAAUUUCACAUUGGAAAGCUUCUACAAGGGGAAGGAAAAAUACAGGGUUAAAAUAUAUCCAGAGGUAGAUUAUGCAUUUAUUGUGGCAUUACUAGUAGUUCUUGAUGAGAAUGACACCCCAUAACUCUCUCUUCAUCUAAGUUUUUGUUUUUUCCUUUUUUUUUUAUUUAUCUUGAGCAUUCACAUAAUGUUUAUUUAUUUUUUCUUAGAUUGUAAAUAAUUUUGAGAAAUAAUAUAAUUAUUAUAAAUUACAUCCUAGUCAAAUGCAAUGAAUAAUUUCUUGGGGUCUUAUCUUAUAUGGGCCAAUAUGUGAACUCAAGAUUGCUUACCAUACACAGCCAGAAUGGAGCAGAAACAAUAUGGGCUGCUGUUCUUAAAACACCAUUUUCUUCUCAAGACAUUAUUUUCUUUCCCUUUCCUUCUAUCAAACAAAUGGAUAAAAAGACAUUUUGCCUUAUCUAAAAUUGAUGUGAAAUAAUACACCUCCUUGUAUUUAAGCAUGAACAUCUGAAGUAUGAACAGUUGGCUCCACACUGAAAUAAGAGUAUAAUUUAAUACCAUGUAAAAAAAAAUGAAUCAGGUCUAAUUCAACCUUAAAAGCUAACUAAAGAAGAGAGAAUCUUCAAAAUUCUUAUAUUUAGACCUCCUUCUGUAUCCCAAACCAAU